UGCGGCAUUUGUCUGGGGGUGACCGCCGCAGUCUUCGCAGACGCGCGGCGGCCUUGGAAUUUUGUGGGGGAAGAAAACGCAUCGAAGGAGAAGGUGGGCGAGGGAAAACACAAUCUGGGGCGGUCUUCACGAGAACGGGAGAAAUAUUAACCCAGCGUUAAUCCCCCUCCCCUCGCCUCCGACCGAAGCCAACUACGCUACAGUAUUUGUUGACAAAACUUUCGUCGUUGCGUGAACCCGCAGACUUGAUCGCGGUCGGUAAAAGGGUGAAGAAGGGUUGAGGCUUUGUAGCAGAGAUAGAACUUGGCUUUAAGCUGUCACCGAAUUCUUGACCUAUGGCCAAACUUUGCUGCAGUCUCCCGACACUUCCAUCCAGACCGUGCGGGCGCGGACGCUUCGCUCGGCAGGGAGGGGCCGACUGCAGCCCGGAUGGCGGCGGUGCCAGGCUAGGGUCAUCGAGGAAAAUGCGAGUGGAAGACGCGAGCUCGGUGUACAUCGGCUGGCAGGGGGGCGACAUGGAGUCCGUGUGCGGGACGCAGCAGAACCAGCGGCCCGGCACGCCACAGGGCCAUUGCACCCGGGCGUCCUUCCUGCCACGCUGGGACCAACAACAACAACAACAAGACCAACAACACCACCACCAAGACGACAACAACGAGCGCCAGGAGGGAGCCCCCACGCAACGCUGGUGGCCCAGGUGGUGGCUCAGGCCGGUGCCCCGGCGGGAGGAGAUCGAAGUGUCCAUUCUGCCAGAGAGCCGUCCCCUUCAUGCCCUGGCGAUGGGCUCGGAGCGGGUGGAAUCACGGCGGUGGCCGCCCUCCCAAGGCGACGGCUCGCCUGGGGGAGUGCGUUCCCCAGGCCCGCGUGCGCCCAACGCCUGCUGCUUCUGCUGGUGCUGCUGCUGCAGCUGCUCAUGGUACGUCCUCCAGUCUCUUUGGUACGAAAUCCGCCGCCUGCGUGACAGCCUGACGGUUAGAAACCAUGAAGGGGCGGGCAGUAGAAGACGCUCAUCACACGAGAGUAAACUGGAAAGCAUUCAAAGCCCCGAAGAGAGCGGGAAGCUGUCCCUGGAGGAGGUCACAUCGUGGAGCCAUUGCUUUGAACGACUCAUGCACAGUGCAGCGGGGCGUGCCGUGUUCAGAGAGUUUCUCCGAACGGAGUUCAGCGAGGAGAACCUGCUCUUCUGGCUCGCCUGUGAAGACCUCAAGAAGGAGGAGAACAAGAACAUUGUAGAGGAGAAGGCCAGGACAAUAUACGAAGACUACAUUUCCAUCCUCUCGCCCAAAGAGGUCAGCCUGGACUCGCGGGUGCGAGAGGUCAUCAACAGGAACAUGGUGGAGCCCUCGGCGCACACGUUUGACGACGCACAGCUGCAGAUCUACACGCUCAUGCACCGAGACUCGUACCCACGCUUCCUUGGCUCGUCCGUCUACUCGGCGCUCUUGCAGAGUCUCUCCAGCUCUUCCUCCAACACAUAGCCCGUGGCCUGCGUCAGCACUUCAUCAGCACAGCCGCCGCCGCCGCCGCCGCCGCCGCCGUCGUCGUCACGAGAGAGAUGUAUUUUGCCUGCCUACUUGGCGUCUACCACAAACUUACCCGAGGUCUUUGGGACCUGUUUGUACCUCAGUUUGGACUCGAUGUUGAUGCUUCACUUCAUAGGGUUUUUUUUUUUUGGAAUGAUCACAGAUUCCCGUCGUACGAUUUUUAUGAAUAGCUCUAACUUCGGCACUUAUAGAACUUGUAAAGAGUGCGGAGAACUUUUAUGCGUUGCAUAAGAAAAGAAAACAACUCCUUCCAAUCAAUUACACUUUGUUUUUCAUCCACAUGCUUUUAUUUUUUACGUGGAUUUUUGAGGCAUCUUGCAAUAUGAAAAUAAUGUUCAAGACAAUUACUUGCUUGGCCUAUACAAACUGUCCAAAAUUUUAAACUUUUUAACAUUUAGAUUAUCAAGGGGGCCUUAGACAGGUUAUGUACAUAGUUGGACAGAAAGUCUGUCUUGUUAUUUGCUGUUGGCAGUUUACUAAAUGUAUGUAUGGCACAAUUCAUUUGCACCAUAUCAUACUUGAGGGUGAUGUAUCAGUUAAUAAAAUGAUUAAGUCUUUAUAUUUAAAUAAGCGGUCCACGUUAUCACGUAAUAAUAAUGUAACACACACACUUGCUUCUAUACAGUAUUUUGAAUUGCCAAUUUAAGCUUUAUUUUAGCCACUAUUGUCGACUUUUGUGUUUUGUGGGGUUUUUUUUGUACUUGAUCUGAAAAAUCCAGGUCUUAUUUAUUUAGAAGUUCUUGAACAAGUUAUUUGUGUCUCAAGAAAAUGUUGAACACGUAGGCUGAGUGACCAGUUGAUUAAACUGCUGCCAUUUUGCUUGGGCUUUAAGAGUGCCUGCUGACACCCCCCUCACUUCAUGCAUUGCCAAUAAAUGAGAAAAAAAUGAUAUUUUCAAAGUUCAGUUUUGAUUUUAUGUAGUGUGCUGAAAUGAGCCAAAACAAAAAAAAUGUUGUUACAAAAUGGAAUGUUUAAACAUGUCUAAUAUUGGCGUUUUCCUUUUAUGAAUUUUUUUUUAAACGGUUACUGUGAAUGUUAUUUAUAUGAGUACUGGUCUACGGUAAAAUAGUAUGUCAAUGUGCUGUGGCAUGUAUGCCUUUUUAAAUGUAAGUAACGAGACAGCUGCUAGGAUUGGGAACCCAUUGGAACCCCACACUACAAGUACAAACUCAAAGCUUGAAAGCAAUUGCUAUUGAAAUAGGGGGCAAUCCCUCCCCCCCCCCCCCCCCACAUUCCGUUUUUUGUAGUGCCCCAUUAAUUGGCCCCACAUCUAGGGCUAACACGACGAGGGCUAUACAUGCUCGGCAACCCUUACAAUGUGGCGUUGUACCUUCUUACAGGACAUGCCACAUCAGGCUGGUUCCUCUAAUUUGUGGUUGCGUACUGGUGUUUUUAGGUACUGCCUUUAGGUUCGCGUAGAUACGCGAAUAUUUUAAUUGUGCAUUAAAGACGUAUUGGUGCUGAGAAAAUGACUAAAUUGUCGCUCCUAUCAACAUGGUGCAGGGUUCCAAAUAACUCCCAAAUAGUACCUCUUUUUUACCACACUAGCUGCUUUACAAUACGCCAUGUUUUCAUAUUUGCAAUGUAAAUCAAAGCACAACAAAUACGACAAACACUUUGUACAAUGUGCAAAAAAUGUUAAAUUGUUUUCCAUUGGAAUUUCCCAAAGACACAAAUGACUAAAAUUACCCUUAUAUGUCCACGAGACACAGGCAACUAAUUUACAUUUCAGGCGAACCCCAAAAGCAAAUUGCAUGCAUUUCAACGUGUUGUAUUUUUGUGCAUUUUACGUGCGCUUGUUUGCGAUUUGUUUGUGUUGUUAGGUUGCAUUUAUCAAUGACAAUCCAAUCGCGCCCAUUGCGGUAAAUGGGUCAUCAGCAUCAGAGUAUUGAAUGCUCUCUGAACCAGAACAGUGGCACUGAGGAUGUUCUAUUUAUUUUUAUUGCAAGCAAUUACACGUAUUUAUGUUCUGUAUAUUUUUGUUAAAAUACAGUUUAAAUGAAUAUCA